AACAGGAAUAGAUAUAUUCUCCCUUAUCAUUCUAUCUCAACAAAUGUUUCUCUCUCAAGAAAACAACUCAUAGCAUUGAAGAUCAGGCGAGGAUCAGAAAAGGAGGGAGUGAGAGGAAAGCAAAGCGAAAGGAGUAGGCUAGUAUAGAGCAACCAACGAGACAAAAGAGACUGCAUUGAAUGUGGUGGUUUCCGUCUCGGAAGCCACAUAAUAUAGCCACAUUUUCUCUUUAUUCUAGACGGUGAGAAUACACCGGGGAGGGGACCAUUUACUUGAAGAGAAGGUGAAAUUCUACUCUUUCGAAGUGCGUAGUCACGAGGACUCUAAACGUCUAGUCGCGGACUGGGUGCAUCUUUACUACAUCGAGUGUUCUUUUUCUGUGGGUUGGAGAUCGACCAGAACAAAGGGAGUCUUGAGCAAGGAGUGAGUGAGCGAGCCGAGCCCCAUUAGUCAUUACCGCCUCUGAAACCAGGCCAAAUGCGUCUCUGAAAGCGACAAUAUACCGUUUUCUCAAUUUCUGUCCGAAUAUUUUUGCCCAUAAGAGGAAGAAGAUUAAAAAAACAUCAAUCGGCGCCCAAAAUGUUUCCUCAAAAUCGACCCCCGGCACCUCUCCAGCCACCCCCUGGGUCCUCGGCGUCGGCAGCUGCAGCUUCGGGAACCCCCCAGGCCCUGAAGCUCACAUACCCAGAGACCCUGGACCGCAUCAAGGAGGAGUUCCAGUUCCUCCAGACCCAGUACCACAGCCUGAAGAUGGAGUGUGAGAAACUGGCCACAGAGAAGACUGAGAUCCAGAGACACUACGUCAUGUAUUACGAGAUGUCCUACGGCCUUAAUAUUGAAAUGCACAAACAGACGGAGAUCGCCAAGCGGCUGAACGUGAUCUGUGCCCAGCUCAUCCCUUUCCUGUCACAGGAGCACCAACAACAGGUGGUCCAGGCCAUGGAGCGCGCCAAGCAGCAACAGCUGCAGGCGCAGCACCUCUCUCAGCACGUGGCCCAGGGCUUGCAGGGCCUGCAGAGCCUGCAAAUGGGGCCCCACCCUGGGGGCCUCCCUCACCCUGGCCUGGCGCUGGGCGGUGGGUCUGGCCUACUGGCCCUGUCCGGGGCCCUGGGGGCCCAGCUGGCUGCCAAAGAGGGCCAUGAGAGGGCCCACAUGGAGGCUGCUGCUGCUGCUGCCGCCGCAGAGCACCACAGAGGCUGGCUGCGGGGACGCGGGGCGAUGCUGUCCAUCAUGGACGUAGACCGCGAGGCUGGACCGAGCUCUAUGUCCAACGGGGAUAAGGGCCGUUCAGCAGACUACCUCGGCAAUGGGAAGAAGAGGAAAGCUGACGAGAAGGAGUUCAUGACAGAUUAUGGCAGCGAUGCGGAUAAGAGUGAUGAUAAUUUGGUGGUGGAUGAGGACCCCUCAUCCCCCCGCAGUGUGCACUCCUACUCGUCCAGAGAAAACGGCCUGGACAAACUGCCCUCCCGUAAAGACGCCCUUCCCCAGGCCAGCCCUGCCUCCCUGGCCUCCUCCAGCAGCCAAGCCUCGCCCUCCCGCAGCAAGGACCGGGAGCCGCCGAGGGAGAAGUCCAGUACCCCAGGUAUGAAGCCAGGCACCCCCCACAGUUCCCAGGACUCCUCCACCCCUGGCCCCAGUGCCCCCCCACAGUUCCGCCCCCUCCCUGGAAAACCUGGCGUUGACCCUCUGGCUCUAGGUCUGAGGAACCCUCUGGCGGUGCAGGGGGCGUACCCCCCCGGGGCGUUUGGCCUGCCCCCUCCAGGGGUGAAUGGGGAACUGGCGGGGGCAGCAGCAGCCUACGGGGCUGGGCUCCACCUGGUCUCCCCCCAGAUGAAUGGCUCUGCAGCAGCAGCUGGAUAUGGACGAUCAGCAGUGGUGGGUUAUGAGUCUCCUCACCCCCACAUGAGGGUCCCAGGGUUACCCGCCAGCCUUCAGUCUGCUGCCUCAGGAAAACCUGCUUACUCUUUCCACGUCAGUGCGGAUGGACAGAUGCAGCCAGUUCCUUUCCCUCCGGAUGCUCUGCUGGGCCCGGGCAUCCCACGACAUGCCCGUCAGAUCCACACUCUGAACCACGGAGAGGUGGUGUGUGCCGUCACCAUCAGCACCUCCACACGCCACGUCUACACCGGCGGCAAGGGCUGUGUCAAGGUGUGGGACAUCAGCCAGCCUGGCAGCAAGAGUGCCAUGGCCCAGCUCGACUGUCUGAAUAGGGAUAACUACAUCCGUUCCUGCAAGCUCCUCCCUGAUGGGCGGACCCUCAUUGUUGGAGGCGAGGCCAGCACGUUGUCAAUCUGGGACUUGGCCACACCUACUCCCCGCAUCAAGGCGGAGUUGACGUCUUCUGCUCCGGCCUGCUAUGCUCUGGCCAUCUCCCCUGACAACAAGGUCUGCUUCUCCUGCUGCAGCGACGGAAACAUUGUAGUCUGGGACCUGCACAACCAGACCCUGGUCAGGCAGUUCCAGGGUCACACUGAUGGGGCCAGCUGUAUUGACAUCUCCAACGAUGGGACCAAACUGUGGACGGGGGGGCUGGACAACACAGUACGCUGCUGGGACCUGAGAGAGGGACGACAGCUGCAGCAGCACGACUUCACCUCACAGAUCUUCUCUCUGGGCUACUGUCCUACAGGAGAGUGGCUGGCAGUGGGCAUGGAGAGCAGUAAUGUAGAAGUGCUGCACGUCUCCAAACCAGACAAGUAUCAGCUGCACCUCCACGAGAGCUGUGUGCUCUCACUCAAGUUCGCCUACUGUGGUAAAUGGUUUGUGAGCACAGGCAAAGAUAACCUCCUGAACGCAUGGCGGACACCCUAUGGAUCAAGCAUAUUCCAGUCAAAGGAGUCGUCUUCGGUGCUCAGCUGUGACAUCUCCCCCGAUGACCAGUUCAUUGUGACGGGCUCCGGUGACAAGAAGGCCACUGUGUACGAAGUUAUCUACUGAGGAAGGAGCGCUCUGAUUGGAUAAAGUGGGGGCGAGGCUCCCUUGGUGCCCCAAGGACUGUAAAGAGAGUGGCGGGUGUCGUGGAGACCAGAGACACACGUUGUACUUUGUUGUUUUGUUUACGUUUGUAAAGGAUUCAGAUGAGGGCGAAGUCAGAUCUCUGGAACUUUGACCUUUAAAAAAAAAUGCUCUGAGAAAAAGCUGGUAGUCUAGCGACACAAUGCGGGAUUCUUCCAAAGACCUGUUUUUUUCCUCUCCUUUUGUUACCUUUUUUCCUGUUUUUAACAAAAUGAAACCUCUGUAGUAAACAAAAAAUUUGCGAAAAGAGAUUUUUUUUUUUGCCUUUUGAAUUCUUGACGAGCAGUAGGACCUGUGUGUGUGUGUGUGUGUGUGCGCGCCGAGGGAGAUAAGGGUUUGUAAGGGCUGUGUGGAGGGGGGUUAGAUUCAGCAGCAAUAUGGUUGUAUUAUUAUACAUGGUGAAAGGACAUACCACUACCCAGGAUAUGAAACUAAAAUGUCCGUGUUCAAGGUAUUCUGCGAUUUCAGGGAAAUGGCUACAACGACAUUAGUGUUUUCUAUUGUAUUUGUAGGGUACAUAGACAGGUAUUUUCACUACUACAUUGUGACCUUUGAACUCGGUGUAUAUAUAUAUAUAUAUAUAUAUGAACUGUAAAUAAAGCUCUAAAGAAAAGAACGUAGGUCAGAAUUGCUUAGAGCCAGGGAGAAAUAAAUUGUGCUACUAUUGAAAAACGAAUUGUAUGAUAUUUCCUUUUGAGUAUCUCAUUUGAAUUGCAUAUUCCCAAGAGAAGCAGGGCUGUGACUAACCACAUAGGACUGAUCGGUCUGGGAAGGUGGGUAAGAUCUCUGCAGCCACACAGCUCAGUGGGAGUUUUGAUAUGGUUCUGUCUGCUGGUUUUUAAUGUCAUUGUCUCCCAAACUGGAAAUGGAGCCGAGUAGGACUUGCCUCUACCUUCAGUGUCAUCGUCCCCCCCAUAUACACACCCGGUGUACUCUCUAUAUCGUGUAGCUCUGCUCAGAACAGCCUCAACCAUGAGUAGGGCUCAUAUCCAAAGGUGGACAUGGUCCAGGAGUGGGCAGUUCUGCCUGUGUACAGAUGGAUGAUAACGCAAUGUGUUCAAAGCUACUGUGUGACCCCUGUAAAUCUGAAUGGUCUGACGAGUGUACAUGUUGAGAGAUAUCAUGGAGGCCCUCCAGGGCCAUGUCUUAUAAUGAACUCUCAUUAGGAGUGGGAUGAAGUUGCCUGGGCCUAGACAAUGAUCUAUGGGCAACGUCUACCUGGAGGAGUUGGUGAUGAUGGGAUGAUUGAGGUGGAUGUUACCACAUUCUCUAGAAGGGGAAGAUGGGGAGCCAGUGCGUGGCCAAGGGAAGGACCUCUGGGAGUGCUGUGGGUGGGAUGGUCUGGGGGAGAGUUCAUUUAGCAUGGCCCUGUGCCCUGGGUGUGCAGAGUUCCAUUGGUCCUUAAGUGAACUCUCCACCCACCUGAGGCUCCGGGCCAUGCAAAAUGAACUAGCCUAUUGAUGUGGGCGAUGUAAUGAGACUAAUAAACUAUUUUGUAUGGUU